UUGAGUUUGUUUCAAACACGGCCUUGGACGGCUGAUUACACUAUGGAGUCUCCUAGAAAAUUCAAUGAUUGUUAUUUUUACUAUUAUUCUACGUGUAUUAAGGGUGACAAUUGUGUAUUCCGUCAUGAGCCAUCAGCGCUAGGCUGUGAAACAAUGUGCACUGCAUGGCAGCAGGGCAAAUGCCUUGACAAACGUUGUAAGCUGCGUCACAUGGAGCUGAGGAAAAAUCGUAAGCAAAUCCCCUGCUACUGGGAAAACCAGCCUGGUGGUUGCCGAAAGAAGCAUUGCCCAUUUAUGCACAAGAACCCCGAUGCACGGACUGAUGGUAUUGCCCCCAGCCAGCCAGCACCUAUAGCUGCUGCAACUCCCGCCAAUACGGUUUCUGAGAGUGCAGCUGAGCAGCCCACAAUGAACUCGAAUAUUGCUCCCCCAGUUCCAGCUCCUGCUCCUGUACCUUUGCUUUGGCAACAGCAACGUCAAGUUGUUCUAGAUUCGGCGAUACUUGGUGUUCUGCCAGCUUCAGGCGACUUGUUGGGAGCCCGUCGGGUCUUACCACCUCAUGCUCAUGGUCAUCCCCAUCCUCAUGAAGCACCAAACCCCUACGCACCACUACCAGUCGACCCUCUCGUCGUCAACUUUGAGGAAGAGUCGGAUAAUGAAAGCGCUCCCUCUUCAACACCCACUAAAACGAUAUCGCCCGACGACGCACAGAAAAUUGCGCGCACCAAAUCUCAGGAGCUGUUGUUGCUCGAGAAGAUCCAAGCUGAGGCGGCAGCCUUCUACAGCUAUGAAGCACAGCCGGUUAUAGACCAGUCUAAAGAACGUAAAAUUGUAAGGACCAACUUGUCAUCCAAAUACGACCGGUUGUCGCUAGAUGAAAUAUCAGGUAAGAAACAGUCGGCAGAACGCCGGAAUUCUUUAGAUUUUAAGGUGCUCUCUUUAGACGAAAUUAGAGCAAGGAAAAAGUGUAGCGAUACGAUUCUACACAGCACACCGAUAACGCUGAACUUGAGUAGGAAAAGAAAGUUAUCUACUCAUGAAGUUAAUACCGCCACCGGUAACAAAAUCAUUAAAGUAGUUAGAAACAACUCAAUAGUUUACAAAAAAGUUGAUCAUAAUGCUUCUGUUCAAUCUAAUCAAUCCAAAACAGAACAGAAACGUAACGAAAACGAAAGGAGAAAGCGUACUCUUUCUGAACAAAGUGAUAUUUAUGAUAUGCAAGAAGACGAAUUAGUUGAUAACUGUUAUGAAUUUAAAAGAAUUAAAAUCGGCGAGCAAACUUCAAAACCUAGACUGAUUAGAAAUAGGUACGCUAGUAGUUGUACGACGAACAGCGAUGGCAAAGAUAAUGAAGCGGACUGUAGCAAUAAAACUGAUGUUGAAUCAGAUUCAGAAGUACAAUUUGUUGGCAUUGAGAUGUCUGAAAGUCAUAACAUUGAUAAAUUAUCUGAUACAGAAAUAAUCGAUGUAGAAUCUACUAAAAUGGGCGAUACGGUUGAUAUCGUCGACUUGUGUGAGGACGUAGAGGAGAAUGACGUAAUUCUAUCAGAUCUUGAUUUAGGUCUUGUUAAGAACGUACCUGAUGUGGUAGCCAGUUGUCAAAAGAACUUGAGUAAAAACGAUAGCAGUGAAAAAGAUUUGCUUAAUGACAUUGAUGCUUUAUUAGAUGACGAUUUAUGA